AUGGGGCCAAUUAAGAAUAAAAUUGUUCGUCAGCAAUUGUACUUGAAAGAAUUACAAAGAAGAAAGAAAGAAAAAUUGGAAAAACGAAAGGAUAGAGCCAAAGAAGAAGAAAAGGAACCAGAAAAGAAAGCGGCUCGCCUUGCUGAAAAUGUACCUGAAACCAUUGAAUCCAAACGAGUUUACGAUGAGACGGUUUUGCAAGAUGAGCCAGAUGAAGAGGUGCAGGCUGAAAUCCAAGACGAUGAGUUUGCUGCCUAUUUUAACGAGGAGAGAAGAUUCCCCAAACUAUUGGUAACUACCAGCAAACGCGCUUCACGGAAGUGUUAUGACUUUGCUUCAGAAUUACUGGACUGCUUUCCGAAUGCGGAAUUCCGUAAACGAACCGGGAAUAUUGAAAUCCAUGAAAUUGCUGAAGCGGCUACCAAACGCGGUUAUACUGACUUGAUUGUCUUGAAUGAAGAUCGCAAACAGACCAACGCUCUCACUUUAAUUCAUUUACCAAGUGGACCUUCUUUUUACUUUACUCUUUCCAGUAUUCAGUCUGCACAAGAAAUAUCCAACCAUGGUCGCUCAAGUGGUCAUAUUCCAGAACUGAUCAUUAACAACUUUAGCACUCGGUUGGGUUUAACAGUUGCUCGCGCUUUCCAAUCUUUGUUUAUCCAGCAACCUCAAAUCCAGGGUCGACAAGUUGUAACUAUUCAUUGCCAACGUGAUUUUCUUUUCUUCCGUCGUCACCGUUACGACUUUCGAGAAAGGUCGAAUCGACCAGAUGGCAUCGGUACAGGUUUGCAGGAAUUAGGACCACGUUUCACCAUGCGCUUAAGAAUGGUUCAAAGAGGAAUUUGGGAUAAUAAGAAAGGCGAAGUCUUCUUUGAAAGCAACGCUGGCGAGGAAUCUGAUAGACGCAAAUUCUGGCUUUAA